AGUGGAACGGGGAGACAACAACAUGAAACGUUUGAAGAUUUGCGCUGUUCUUGUGAUUCUUUUAGUGUUUGUAGCUCUCGGAGCUGAGGCAGGUAAAAAAAGAAGGAGACACAGGCGGUGCAAGUACAACAAAUCGGGUAGCAAAUGGAGUGCAUGUGACACCACCCUCCAUGUGAAGACAAAAAUUGCCCAUUUAAAGAGGGGCAAAAGCAGCUGUCCCAGCAUGAGAACCUUCACCAAACCCUGCAAUGUGGGAUUGAUUCUUUUCAAUGGUUGUGAGUACCGACAAGUGUCCGACUGGUCUGAGUGUGACACAGAGAUGAAGACCAAGACUCGCACUUUGGAACUGGUCAGCGGGGAUACAAGACAGUGCGACAAUAAUCGAGUAGAAAGUCGAGAGUGCCUGGAGAAUGCAGAUUCUGAUGACAGUCAAACCAACGAGGGGAGCAAACGGGAACGGAAAGGAAAGGGUGGCCGAAAAAAGAAAAUGCGAAAAAGAAAGGAGAAACGGAGGCGGAAGAAGGCGAGAAGAAGACAGAAGAUCAGACUCAAAUCAACGUCAGACUGUAUCUAUGAAGGGGGUGUGUGGAGUGAGUGCGAUCCAAACACAGGGCUUCAGACUACAGUACAGAAGCUGAAUGCAAACAGUGCUCCUUCUCAGUGUGAACAGACUGUGGCCAUCAACCGUCGUUGUGACUCCAGCUCGACACUGAUCAUGGUUCAGAACGCGGUCAGCGAGCAGAGACGACAUGAUGGGGAGAAUGCCACAAGGGCAAAGAUUCCAAAGAGGAAGAAGAUUGGCAAGAAAGACAAGAAAAGAAAUAAGAAGAAAAAGGACCACAGAGAGAUUUCUGAGAAGCCUCCUCGACCAGCAGAGAUCCAUGUUGUGCCAUACACGACGUUUGUGAUGGUCACAUGGACCCCACCUCAGCCAGAUCCUUUUGGUAACGAAGUUCCCGUCACAGGAUACCAGAUAGGCUAUGGCAGGGGCUUUCCUGAUGUGGAUGCUGUGGAAGUCAAUGCCUCUGAAUUCUCGUACAAAAUAGAAAAUCUUGAGCCAGGACGAGAGUAUGUCAUCAGUGUACGGGCUCAAAACCAUAUGGGCGCUGGUCAAGCCUUGUACGAAACUGUGAUCACUCGUAUCCCAGAUGGAGAUGAAUUCAAGCCUAUUUUCCCUCCGGUUGGCCUGAGGGCAAUAGUUCAGUCUGCCCAUGCUAUCAAUGUUACCUGGAUGGAUAUGGCCAUGAAGCAAGAAACCGCACAGACAGAAGAGCGAGAGUACUUCCUGCGCUACCGUCAGCUCAACCAUAUGUCCUCGCCCGCCACUCCCCACAACCGCUUCCAGACUCUGAGGACAAAAUACUCGUACCUUGUGGUGGACACACUGUUGCCCUUCACUAAAUACGAGUUUGCCGUUCUCGCCUCUAACACCAAGCAAAACAGUACUUGGUCCAUGAUGGUGUGGAACAUCACAAGAGAAGCUGUCCCGUCCACUCCUCCAGAGGACCUGAAUGUCAUCAUUCACCCCGGGAGUCCUGGUCAGGUGACACUCAACUGGCAACCGCCCACCCAGGCCAAUGGGAUUGUGACAGGGUAUGAAGUGUCCUAUAGCACUGCGGCCGUUGACGGUCAGCCAUUGGUUGGGGUCAUGGAGACAAAAGGCAACAAACUGUCUGUGACCUUGACCUCCCUUGUACCGGGUGUGACAUAUGACCUGUCAGUCAAGGCCAGAAACAGCCGGGGUCUUGGGCCUCCUUUUACUAUCAAGGACUACAAAUUGCCUGGUGAUCCCUCUCCUGUACCUGCAUCCCUAGCUGCUCUGCCCACAGCGGGCAACCCAACGGCCGUGACCUUGGUCUGGGAUCUCCCGGGAACUGCCAACACUAACAUCUUGGGUUUUGUGAUCUUAUACACGUCGGAGAUGAACAUCGAACACGUCCAUUGGGAGGUCGAAUCUAAGAUUGGCAAAGAUCUGAAAACAGCAGUGAUAGAGAACUUGGAACCGGGCAAGGAAUACUUCUUCAAAAUCCAGGCUCAUACCUCUGUGGGAUUUGGUCCGGAAUCCAAUACAGUAGCCUUCCAGAUUCUUCAUGAUGAAGAAGAGGAUGUGUCCACCAUAGAGGCCCCCAAGAAGCUGCAGGUCAUUGUCCUGUCCUCCACCUCAGCUGUGCUGAGCUGGCAAGAUCCCCACUUGGCUAAAGUGUUUGAGGAUACUUCUUCACCUUCUCCUCGAUACACAGUCCGCUACCGAAGUCUAGACCCGGAACCAUCCCAGUUCAAGCUGGUGUCUCAACCAUUUACGUCCUUGUAUUUGGUUGACCUUCAACCCCUGACCCGCUACGAGUUCUCCGUCAGAGUGCAUCGUGGGAAGGAAAUGUCAGACUGGAGUGUCCCUGUGGAGAACACAACUUUUGCUGCUGAUUUCUCCCAGCACCCUCUGAAGGCUGAGGUGAGAGGUCAACGACAGUCGCCGGGUGUGGUUGUCUUGUCCUGGCAGCCACACUCAGACUCAAAGAUCAAAGAGUACAUUGUGAUGUACUCUAGUGACCCGAGCAAGCCGCACAAGAACUGGAUCCAGAAAGCAGCGGUCAAUCAGGACGUGAGGCAACAGCUGUUCUACAACCUGACCCCAGAGACGACCUACUAUUUCUUUAUCCAGGCCAUGACGGACUUGGGAUUUGGUCCUCGCUCAAAGGUUGUCUCCUAUACCACGCCCAAAGGAGACAAGUCCCACCACCCUGCAUCGACAGUUGAAAAGCUGAGAGCCACUGUGGUGUCAGCGACGUCUGUCGUCCUCAGCUGGCACGACCGAGAGCGUCACAAACUCAGGGACAAGGACUAUGACAGAGCUCUCUCAGGAGCGAGGUACUCCGUGCGCUACAGAGCUGUGGCGGAUAAAUCAGCCAGUUACACGUACACCAACUCAACAUUUACCAACCUGUUCAUCGGUUCGCUGCGGCCGGCGACAAAGUAUGAGUUCUCGGUCAGCGCCAUGCAUGGGGGACAGAUGUCCUCGUGGAGUGUGGCCGUCACCAACACCACCACAGAAACAGCCCCGGACUCCGCACCCAGUAACCUCACCGCACUGAUGGAUCAUGGGGACCCCACCACGGCUCUCCUCAGCUGGCAGCCUCCACCAUUUCCCAACGGAGAAAUAACGGGCUACCACCUGUUCUACACCACGGACAUACGGCGCUCUCUGGAGGAGGCAGAGUCCAUCAGCGUGUCAGGAAGCGUGUUCUCCUACCCCGUGAGCCAGCUUAGACCCCGCACGAACUACUUCUUCCGAGUGGGGGCGGAGAACAAAGAAGGGUUUGGUCCUCUCUCAGAACCAAUAGCAUACAAGACGCCCAGAGUGCGAGGUUCCCCUCCGGAGGAUGUGACUGUCGUUCCAUCCACCGACAACCCUUAUGAUGCCAUUGUUAGCUGGCAACCUCCAAGUUCAAACUCUCGCAAGAUCAAGCAUUAUGCUAUCAGCCACCAGACAGAGGAUGGCAAGAGUCGUGAAGUGACCACCGUCCCUGGCUCCACCUUGACCACUCGGAUCUCACCACUACAGUCGUCCACUGUGUACCACUUCACGGUGCAGGCUCACUACCGCCGUGGUGCCGGGCCUCACUCUGAUGUGGCUCUGUACAGCAUCCCCAAGGAACUGAUAAGCACUCAGUAACAAGAAGAGAAUUCUUUUUAGCAUCAGAUUGCCUUCAGAGAUAUGUACACUUUGUCCUGAAACUGCUGCGUAAUCUGGGAGUGUUUGUAAUAUGUGAAGCAGUUAAUCUGGUAUAAAAUGCUACACUAAAUUAAAGAUUGUAUACUGCCGCAUCUUCUGUUUGAAAUACAAAAAAAUGCCAGUAGCAGCAUCUAUAGUGUUGUAAGUUAAAUGCUGUUUCUAGAGAGUGACAUGUCUUGUACCUGAAGAGAAGGAGCAACAGAUAGAUCUGAAAAAUUCUAUUUUUAGAAAUGAAACAACAUGUUAUUAGUGCUUGUGGUGACAUUUACAUCAGUUUGAGAGGAUGCUUUUUUUUAGAGACUGGACCGUCAUAGAGUGUGCUACAGUAUGACUUAAUAUUACUGUUAACAGCAAGAAGCAGUGCCGAAUGAUGCAUUUGGUAUCAACCAAUAAUAAAAAGGGGUAGCUGAUCCAGUUUGCUAUCAGGAAAUAUAUAGCUAUAGGACAUUUUGACAAGAAUAUUUCACUGUAAUGUCUUCUCUUUCUGACCUAACAGAAGCAUUUUAAGUUGUCUAGGAAAUAAAAGAUGGCUUACACUGCAAUCAUUGUAAGAAAAAAGGCAAAAUGAAAUGUAAUAGCUGGAUGUUCACUGUACCAAUGUUUUCAGAAGCUUUUCUGGCAGUGAAUUUAGGAUCGUCCCUUGGUUUUAGAGUCUGUAUUUCAAAGGUCUAGAUAAAUUUGGCUGACAACCCUCGGACUUGGAAGGUUAAAGGACAGUGACCAGAAUGAGUGACUGGCCCAUCAAGUGCCCUUACCUCAGUGUAUGAAAUAGAAAACAUUAACAUUUGCCAAGCAAUAGCAGUUGAAAAGUUAGUAGGCCUACAUGUAAUUGUUGAAUAGUAUAAUCACAGCAUUUCUGCAUAUCAUUUAAUUUUUUUGUCUUUAAUUCGGUCAACAUUAAAAUUUGAUACAAGGUGCUUUUUUGAUUGAACAGUAUCUGUUUACCAAAUUGUUUUUGUUUUCAAGUAUGACACAUUUAUUUUUAUGGGACUUUAUAUUAUGUGAAAGUUGAAUCUUGGUUUUUGCUGUACCCUUUUGAUUAUACUCACUGUCAUAAGUCAUGCCUGUUUUGACAAGAUUUUGGCUUUGUUUCAACUUUUUUGGCCUCCCCAAAUAUGGCCAUUUUUAAUGUCUUUCCUUUUCCAAUUUUUCGUUAUACCGUAUACCAAUAUGCGCAUGUGAAUGUUUAUUUGUACUUGAUUAUUGUACUUAACAAACUUUUAACCUAUAUACAGAUUCCCAGCUUUUAAUUCAAUCAAAACUCAGAUAAAAGAUUGAAAAAUUUACCAUGCAAGCUCUCUCUCACUCUUUCUGUUUCUUGAAAAUGUGAAAUCAAAAUUAUGUUUUUCUUGCAUCUAACUGAAACUCUUUGGUAGUGGCUUUAUUCUCAGAAGUUUUACAGCAUUUGUUCACCACAGUCCUGAUGAAUGAAGACAGGUGACGUUGAAAGUGUAUGCAAAGGCUCGACCAAUUCCAUGACCUUGUUGAUCUUGCAGUGUGGGUUUUCAAAACCCACUCAACAUUAAUUGUCUUUGCCACCGGAUCUUAUUGUGUCGCAACGUGGCGAAAUCAGGCACUCAUCAAUUUAUGGCCUUAUGGAACUAUUGGUUUUAUCUAAAAACUUGUCCUUUUGUGUUGCUUAAAGUAGAAAAAAAAAA